CAUGGCCAGCGGGUGGCGCCAGCCGUGGGGAAACCUUGUGGAGACGGACCACUGGUGCGAGGUUAAUGGAGGGGCUGUAAGACUCGUCAUGGCCAGCGGGUGGCGCCAGCCGGGGGGGAACCUUGUAGAGACGGACCGUUGGUGCGCGAUUAAUGGCGGGGCUGCAAGACUCAUCAUGGCCAGCGGGUGGCGCCAGCCGGGGGAACCUUGUGGAGGGCGGACCGUUGUUGCCGGGGCCGGCGGCGGAGCCCGUUUCCGGUGACACCGCCAGGACCGGAAGAGGAGGUGAGCGGCCAUGUCCAACGUGGCCUGCUGGGCUCUAACGCGCCUUUGGCCGAGAGGGAGGCAGAAGUUACUUCAUAUCGUGCUGGGUUUAUCUCCCUUCCAGUGCCUGCACCUCUCCUCCACACACCCCCGGAAGAAAGCUUACCCCGACAUUUCCUCAUCAGCUCAAAAUCGAAAGGACACCGAACCGGCACUGGAAAACAUCUUCUCGUCCGAGCAGCAGCAUGCUAUCCUGCGGGUGCUCAACACAGCAUCCGCAGAAGAACUUGCUGAGUUUCGAUUACUGCGUGGAAGGAAGUCCGUCAACAUUGUAGAGCACAGGGAAAAACACGGACCUUUCGUAGACUUGCAGAACUUACUGGAUGUGCCCUUGUUCCAGUAUAAAACCACCGUUCAAGUAUGUCACUCCAUUCUUCUACCCACUGAGAAUGAAAAAAAAGAGAAAAUACAAGCAAGUGUACCCCUGGGAAGGCUCAUCAGACCUGAAAUAGAAAGAGCGAGGCUUAAGUCAGUUAAGAGCAUCGUGUCUGUGGUUUUUGGCAGCCACAAACUGGCCUGGGCUCACCUCGAUCGCAAGUUAACAGUUCUUGAUUGGCAGCAAGAAGAAUGCUCCAGGUUGAUGAGAGGAGAUUAUGCAUCGCCUGUCUACCUGGAAGAGGUGUCUUCCAUCAUUUCCAUGAUGCCUGAAGCAGAUUUCUACGUUCUGGAAAAAAACAGGCUCUCCCUGCAGCAGACAUCCCUGUUCCCUCUGACCUUACACUUUCACAUUAUGGAGGCCAUGCUCCACGCCCUGCUAAAUAAGACAUUCAUGCAGGACGGGCAGCAUAGGGUCUUGAGCCUGAACCGGAUCACGGUCGGAAAGCAUUUCGGAUUAAUGGUCGGGAACAACCGGACCAGCGGAAAGGAUUUGGUGAAGCAGAUCCUCACGUGCUCUGUAACAGAAGCGAACCCCCAUGUGUCCUUUCUACCGGAUAACGUGGUCCACUACCAGCAGAUGUUCUCUCCUGUGGCCCAAAAGAGAGAUGAGGAGAUGUACGAUUCUUUGCUUCAGGCAGUUGCUUUUUAUGAACUGGCAGUUUUCAAAGCUUAUUCUUAAGCAAGGGAACCCUCACGUUUGUUUACCAACACUGGAAAGUUGGCCCGUAGAUUGGUAACAACCCCUGGCCGGGAAGCUUUCACAACCUACAGAACAGAAUGAUUCAAGUUUUAUUCCAUUUCUCCAUCUGCCUACCUUUCAGGAAGAGAAGUGAAAUACUUGAAAGUAAGCAGGAGAAUAUAAAUUGGAUAACCAGCCCUCUGCAAGUUGACAUCUCAAGCUUAAUACUCUUUUGGUCCAAGACUCGGUAGAUGGGUUAGUGGGGGCAUGCGGAGGUCAAAAUAGAAUGUGGCCAUUAGGGGUGGGAAUGUUUUGUUCCAAGCAAUGCUGCAAAACUGAAUUUUCCACUCUUUAAAAGCAAGGAGAACUGAAUUGACUGGAUUCCUAUUAAAAUGUAAUUUGUGUUAAAAAAA